UUCCAAGAACACAAAAUGGAGGACUUAAAAUUGACAGAUACUUUGCAACGAUAUUUUUCCGAUUUUUUUGUAUGUUGCGACGAGGAAAAUACUGGAAAAGUGUCAGUUAGCAAAGCUUUAGAGUUAAUUAAGUCGGGGAACGUGCCCCAAGACGUCAUACUGCAAAUUUCAGAGCUAUGCUGGAAUCAAAACACAAUCUAUUUAAAUAGGAAACAGUUCUAUUCGGCUUUAAAAUUAGUAGCCGCCUAUCAGUUCAAUAUGCCAUUGAGAGGCGAAUUAAUUAACGCACCAUUAGACUUACCCUUACCGAGGUUCUCGUGGCCAAACUCGGAAGUGCAAAGCCCGUAUAAGGAUCUUAUAGAGCUCAGGACUGAGGACCAUAAUGAAUACAUUGAGCACAUCGACACCACUAGUACAGAUUCCGAAUUUGAAAAUAGUGAUACUAAUGUUACGUUACGUACGGGGUCUCCCGAGAUAUCAAGUGCCGCAUCCGACAGUCCCACGCCUACUAAUAGCGUGCAAGAUAAAAGUUGGGCCAUUACGAAUACCUGGCAGGGUUUAGUGUCCGAAGAACAGAGGCAACUUCUCGGCACCGAAGAGGAAUCAUCAGAUCGACAUAGCAGUGAAGAUGAUACGGAAAUCUCAAAUGAAGUGUGGACAAUUACAAGAGAACAAAGAGAAUAUUAUACAGCCCAGUUUCGUUCACUUCAACCAGACAGCAAUGCUCUACUUGCAGGUUCAAUAGCGCGUCUCUUUUUCGAAAAGUCUCGUCUGCCUGUUCAGGAAUUGAGAAAAAUUUGGCAACUGGCGGAUGUCACAAAGGACGGGGCUUUAAGCCUGACCGAGUUUUUGACCGCAAUGCAUUUGGUAGUGCUUCGGCGCAAUCAUAUUGAACUACCCGAAGUGCUACCACCACAACUGCUACCCAGUGCCGAAAGAUCUCGCUCUAUGAGUCCCGAAACGGAACCAAUCCUAUCCCCUCAAACUAAAGACACCUCAAAAGAGUGGACGAAAUUUGUCGACAGCCCUACAAGUAGUAUCUCAUCACCUGGUCCAAAACCUGUCAAUUUUGACUUCCAGAAGGGAGCCGUUGAAAAGGACCCCAAAAUUUUACAUCCAGUCCCCUUGCGACUAACGCCCGAAUGUACAAACAUUCAGCCGGAAGACCAGCAAGAAACUGAACCAUCAAGCCCGCACAAAUUCUUAGAUAUUCACCACCAGAAUAAUCUAUUACCACAAAAUUUAGGCCAAGCAAACGAUAUUAGAGGCAUUCAACGACCACAACCAAAAAAGAUAAGCGUGCCGGGUCCCGGUGCGAUCCCCCCUCCUCCCGUCACCUCCCAAUCCUCGAUCGAGGAAGGUCCGGUGAGCUUACCCGUUUUCCCUCCUCCCAAAAAGGAAAAGCCACCACCUCCGCCGCCCCGACCCUUUAAAACACACGGCCGAAGUUCCUCCUUAGACCUAAAUCGUUUAAACAAAAACCACUUGGGCGCCCCGCCGUCGGUACCGCCGCGCGUCAGCCCGAGCGUGCAGUCGUCCAACAAGAAACUGCUCGCGCGCCUGGCCGACCGCGAGAAUCCUCAGUUCGCCAACUUCGAACAAUUCGAGCAGAGCGAAAAGUACGAAAACGUCUCCGAAGGCGUGUUUCCGGGUGACGUUUACGAGGCGGAGCGAAAAAAGCUGUUCGCGCAGUUUUCGGUGCCAGAGAAUAGCGAUUUUGUGGACGCGCCCCAGAGGCACGGCGCGUUCGAGGUGUACCGAAAGCCGAAAAGUAGAGGCAGCCCCGAGGCGCAACAACCCCUCGACCAGUCUAAAUGGGAACUGUUUCAUAAAUUACAAGAACAAAAUACAGUCUUGCUGAGGCUUUGUCAGGAAUUGAGUCAGGAGCUGGCGGAUAUUAGGGAAGAAAAAAUGACCUUGAAAGUCAAACUGCAGAUGCAACAGCAGCAACAGUUGAAGCAAAACGGGGGGUAGUACCACUGUCAUUGACCCCUAAUAAAGAUCGGUAAUUUCAAUUGUGUCAUAUCUAAGAUUAACGUCGCCGAUCAGUGUACUCGAUUAUUUAUUGUUUUGUUUUUUAUUUUACUUUGUAAACACUGUUAUCAUUUCUAAGUUUACCGUCGAAUAUAAGCAUGGAAUACAAAA